AAAACCCAUCUAAAACCUCCCCUCCCCAUUCGGACAAUCUAUUUCUAUGUUCUGCGACACCAAUGACGAUAAUGCUAUCAUCUCCUCUGCUUCUCCCUCCUCAUUCCUUGUUCCUUACUCCGCCCCAAUGUCGCCGUUUUCUUUCCUUCAAAGCUUUAAGCGUUUCACUCGUUACCGGCGCUUUUGCUCGCAGAAGAAUGAUAGGCACCAAAGCUUCCUCCUUCUACACCGUCAAAAGUGACCUCGACUCCGUCAACAUCGCCGAAGACGUCACCCAGUUGAUUGGGAGAACGCCAAUGGUGUACCUCAACAAAGUUACACAAGGCUGUGUAGCUAAUAUAGCGGCAAAACUUGAAUCUAUGGAACCUUGCCGAAGUGUGAAGGACAGAAUUGGUUAUAGUAUGAUAUCUGAUGCUGAGGAUAGAGGGGCAAUCACUCCUGGGAAGACUAUAUUAGUUGAACCAACUAGUGGAAAUACAGGACUUGGUAUUGCUUUUGUUGCUGCAACUAAGGGAUAUAAACUUAUAGCAACAAUGCCUGCAUCCAUAAAUGUUGAAAGGAGGGUUCUUUUACGUGCAUUUGGUGCGGAUGUUGUUUUGACUGACCCAGAGAAGGGUCUGAAAGGGGCUGUAGAUAAAGCCGAACAGAUUGUUCUCAGCAUGCCAGAUGCUUAUAUGUUUCAACAGUUUGAUAAUACUGCUAAUACCAAGGUACACUAUGAAACCACAGGGCCCGAGAUAUGGGAGGAUACUAUGGGUAGUGUUGACAUCUUUGUUGCUGGGAUUGGCACUGGUGGCACUGUUACAGGCACUGGGCGUUACCUGAAAAUGAUGAGCAAAAGCAUAAAGAUUGUUGGUGUUGAACCUGCAGAGAGAAGUGUAAUAUCGGGAGGAAACCCAGGUUAUCUGCCAAGCAUUUUGGAUGUUAAAAUUCUGGAUGAGGUCAUCAAGGUUACCAAUGUUGAAGCUGUUGAAAUGGCAAGGAAAUUGGCAUUGGAGGAAGGUUUGCUGGUUGGUAUAUCAUCAGGAGCUGCUGCAGCGGCUGCAAUAAGUUUAGCAAGAAGGCCUGAGAAUGCUGGAAAACUUAUUACAGUUAUAUUUCCAAGCUUUGGUGAGAGGUACAUUCCCACUGUUCUUUUUCAUUCUAUCCAUGAAGAAGUAAAAAACAUGCCACAGAGAUAGCUUGAAACUGUUCCAGAAAUUGAGCCUACCGGAGAAUUGAGUAUUCUAAUACAGCGGAAUGGAAAAGAUGCAACCGUAUUCUUGUAAUAGGUAAAUACUUUUCUUGGUUACACUGAUCAAGUAUACUCAAUCAUCCAAAAAAGAAAAAAUAGAAAAGUUGGAUUUUAAGUCGGAAUUCCUAGGUCAAUUAAUUUUUUAAUCCUUUUGCUGAAGCAAUUUUUCUUUGAAGGCACAGUGAUGGGAGGCUAGGUUUAUAGCAAUGCAAGGGUCGGCUGAAUUUACACCAAAUUACUCUUGAACUUUUCUUUUGGAUUUUUCGCUUGGCCUUGCAUUUUGUAUUCAUUUUUGCCUUUUCAUUUUACUCCAAGAACAAUUUUUUAAGUAUUGUUUAUGCAUAUUGGUUGACUUGUAGUUCAACUGGUAUGUUCUCAAAAAGGGAAGAUGAGGUCGUGGGUUCUAAUCCCCACAUUUGUAGAAAAAAAAAGUCCGUCGUUAUUGGAACAUUAGCAGCAAAAUGUGGAUACUGAGAUGGAUGAAGGAUGAUCUAAAGCGUAGCAAAGGAACUCUUAACAUUUCUUUCUACCAAUUAGGCCUGUAAAUGGUUCAAUUUUUUAUCUGUUGAGAGACUGAUGCAAUCGGAACUUAUUAGUGAAAUUCUGAUCUGAUUGGAUC